UUUCUGUUGGCAGGACUGAUUGUUGCAACUCUGGCAAUAUGCUGGAUGCCAAACCAGGUCACAAGGAUCAUGGCUGCUGCUAAACCAAAGCAGGACUGGACCGUCCCCUACUUCAGAGCGUACAUCAUUCUUCUUCCCAUCGCCGACAUCUUCUUCUACCUCAGCUCGGUGGUGAACCCCCUCCUGUACAACAUCUCAUCUCAGCAGUUCCGCAGUGUGUUUCUGCAGGUCCUCUGCUGCCGCCUGACAAUACAGCAUGCCAACAAGGAGAAGUUUCUCAGGGCCAACCUGAGCUCCAGAGCAAGGAGCAGCCGGUCUCUACGCCCGCUGCUCUUCAUUUCGUCUAGGCGCAGUUCUUCUACAAGGGGCAGUAACAAAGUUUUCUUAAGUACUUUUCAGAAUGAGACCAGGCCUGACCGCAGUCCACAGAAACCAGGUCUUGAACCGCCAGAACCCAGCUUGGAAGUAGUGCCACUACAGACUAGCUCAGAGCCCAGUCCAGAUGCACAAAACGGCCUUUGUGAACAUCAAGUAUGA